UUAUCAACGACAACAAACAGAAUUCGAUGAACCUCACCUGAAGAGGUUAUUGGUGAAUAAUUACGCGAAGAGAAGUCGUUAGAGUGAGAGUAUUUAUACCCUAGUUAAUUGAGAGUUUUUUUGUGAAUUAUGGCAUUGGUUCACACAAGUUUUUACGCCAAUCCUUUGGAGACUUCCAGGCUUUCACAGCGCGAACUUCUCGCGCGCAUUUUCGGCCGUCAGGAAGCCAGCGAACAUGUCCGCGGUAUGGAUUUCGAAGAAAACUCCAGCGAUUCUGGCUCUGAUCAUGAAAUGGAGGAAUUUAAUGAAGAUUUUGAGUGGGAAUGGGAUCCAACGACACUAUCAUCUUCAGUGUCCCUCACUCGAGGUAAUAAGGAGGUGCUGUUCCACCCUGAUUACAGCUGUGGAACUGCAGCAGCAAAAGGCUCCCAGCCCCUUUGUCAGGGGGGGGAAUACUACUGGGAAAUCAAGAUGACGAGUGCAGUCUAUGGUACUGACAUGAUGCUAGGAGUGUGCAACAGUGACCUGGAUAUUACUCAAUACAAAACUUCAUUCUGCAGUCUUAUUGGCAAGGACAGCAAUAGCUGGGGGCUUUCUUACACUGGUAAUUUUUAUCAUCAAGGGAAAGCCCAGAAAUUCUCCUCAAGAUUUGAUCAUGGCUCAGUUAUUGGAGUUCAUUUGGAUACAUGGCAUGGGAAGCUUUCUUUCUUUAAAGACAAUGAGCCACUGGGUGUGGCAGCUAAUGGACUUAAUGGGAAACCACUUUAUCCUGUGGUGUCUUCAACUGCAGCAAGAACAAAAAUGAGGUUGCAACGUAGUUCAUCGUCAUCCUUUUCUCUGCAGUAUCUUUGUUGUGCAGCGAUUGGCAAACAUCUACCAAAUCUUGAAGCUCUUAAGGCUUUACCCAUACCACCUGGGGUGAAACGACAUCUUUGUAAUGAACUUGAUUGGAUCUUCAAGGUCCACCUUCCCUCACAAGUGAAGAAAACCAGUGACACUGAUUUGUGAUGUCUGUGUUUUGGAAACAUUUUAAUUUGUAUCAAGGAUGAAAUUUCAUCAUAAAAUGGAAAUGGUGUCUUUACUUCAAACUUUAGUCAUGCUGGGAAAAAUGAAGUAGAACUGCAGAGCCAUUGAAGGAAGUAAUUUACUAAAUAUAUUUUCGUAUGAUCAGAAUAUUGUCAAUACUGAAUGUGUAUGUGUUGUGGUGCAUCAGGAUUUUCUAAAGAAGUUUAGUUAAUUAGCGUGAAU